GUUGUUUUCCUCUGGGCCCAGAGGAACCAGCUCUGAGUCCCUGCAGAGCCUGGAAGCUGCUGUGAGAAGUAGAAGGCUCUGCUGCCUGUCGGGAGAUGGAAUGCCCGGCUCGCCCACUCCAUCACGCCGAGAUGACCACAGCCACCCCUUUGGGGGGUAACGCCGUCUACUCACUGAACGUGACCACCAGAGAAGACUUUCUGUACAAGAGUUCUGGAGCCAUCGUUGCUGCCAUUGUGGUGGUUGUCAUCAUCAUCUUCACCGUGGUUCUGAUCUUGCUGAAGAUGUACAACAGGAAAAUGAGGACGAGGCGGGAGCUGGAACCCAAGGGCCCCAAGCCAGCUUCCCCUUCUGCCAUGGGCGCAAACAGCAGUAUCAGCCAACAGCCUGCAACGGUGACCUUCAGCCCUGUUGAUAUCCACGUGGAGGCUCGGUGACGCCCACGCUGGUGCUGGCUCAGCCACCAACCAAAGAGCCUUCAGUCAAGACCAAGAAGCACAUUUCUCCUCUGGCAGCUUCACGACGAGUCCCUUCCAGUCAGGUUGACUGGGGCAUCUCUUACUCAAUCCCUUAUGCUUCUGGUGAUUCCCAACCCCAUCCUGCCCAACCCCAGCCCAGCUUCAUCCAUAUCCCUGCCGCCACCCUUCCUAAAAGCUCUGCUACGUUGGGAAUCCCCUGAUGUGGGUUUAGUCAUCUCCCCUAAACACAACAGCUAGACAGACAGGUAGGCAGGCAUGCAGAUAGCCCAGGCGUCUUCUGGUUAGGAGUCAGGAGUCAGGGUGUGCUCCUGAGAGUCAUGGGGUCUGCCUGGGGUCAUAUCAGAGGAAGGGCCCUAUCCAUAGCUUUGCAGCCGAAAAUACUCGAUCCCAUAAUCAGGCACAGGGGAACUAACUGGGACUCACUAACCAAAACUCAACUUGUUCAUGUACAACUUGUUCUAGAACUAAAUGAACACUAGCUAGCUUCUGACAACUGAUCUGCACAUUCCUCCAUCUUUAAGAAAGGUUAUAGAAAAAAUUGAAUUCUCCAAAAGUGUCUACAUCUUUAGUAAAGAGUCAAAGUCAAGGACACAGGAUGACCUUGGGAAGACAUGGGAAGAGUGGCCUCUAGGAUGAGAGCGUAUUGCAGUGUCCACGGGCCAAGAAUGCGCCUGGAGACUGCUUGACUCGGGCUCAUUUCUUGGCUUCCCUCUAUUUGGAUUCUGAGCAGUCGUCACUCUCCAGUUACCACCUUACCUCCAAGGUCAGGUAUUUGGAGACUGAUUAGAUUACAACUCUAUUUAUGUUACCGCUAGCCUUCCUGGUCACUUUACAAAGAUUCUGGAUAUAUUCAAAGUACCAUAUUCACAAACCAUUCCCCUGGACAGAACUUAUCUCUUUGACUCCUUAGCCUGGAGAACAGUUGAAAAAGGAAAGAAUUUGGGAUUAAAGUGAUGUGUUUUUUAAGCCCCACUUCCUGUUUGUGAGACCUUGGGAGAGUGACUUGACUCCUCCCUAUUCUGUUUCCUAACAUGAAGUGGAAUAAUGUCUGCCCCACUGGAUGACUAUAACACGUCAAGCACCUAGUAAAGUAGCUCAGGUGGUGCCUGGCACCCAACAGAUGCGCUCUAAAUGGGAACCAGCAUUAUUAUCAUGAAUUUCUUCCAUUGCAAGACAUAUGCUUGUUCCCAUUUUAAUGAUUCUGAAGUCAGAAUAUGUUUUAAAAUUGAUGGACCCAUUAACAAAGUUGUAUUUUUUUCCGUCUCAAAAAGCUGUUUUUUAACCAAUUGUACAUUUUAUAAUUGACAACAUCUUGGAAACAAGGUAAUAAAUCUGUAUUCUGUUACAGAAA